GACGGUUUCGUACCCACCGACUCGUCUCCAAUGGAAAUACGUUUAAGAUGGCGUCGCUCAUUGACAACUAUGAGCAACAAUACGCCGUUUUGACAGCUGACAUUACAGCGAAAAUUGGUAAAAUAAGGACCCAAAACGAUGAAAAAAGGCAACUUAUUCAGGAUGUGGACAGGCAGAUCGAGGAAGCCCAGGAAUUGCUGGAGCAAAUGGAGCUGGAAGUUCGCGGAGUGAACAGUUCAUCCCGCGAUCGCUUGCGUGGUCGCGUCGAGAGUCACAGAGCUGAACUAAAACGCCUCACCCAAGAAUUUCAACUAGCCAAGAAGCCUAGAGAUGAUAGCAGCAUCGAAAUAACGAGAGAAGAUUCAUGGGAGAACAGCAUAACCGAAGAUCAAAAGAAAAGAUUAUUAGAUACUUCAGAGAGAAUAGAUAGAACAGGGAGGACGUUGCAAAAUGGGUAUCGAAUGGUUCUGGAGACUGAGGAGAUCGGGUCAGAGGUGCUUAAGGAGCUGCAUGUACAGAGAGAGACGAUUCAGAGGGGAAGGACAAAGUUACGAGAAACGGACGCUGAACUGGGUCGUGGUUCCCGGUUACUCUCAGGGAUGAUAUUCAGAAGCCUUCAACAGAGAUUCGUGCUAGCAGCAGUAGCAUUGACGCUUAUAAUUGUUGCCUGUAUCGUUAUGUACUAUAGUUUAAAAUCUUAGGGCUAAAUACAAAGGAAAUAUUCACGUGUGUUGGGAUAUCGCAUAACUUCCUCUGGAGGUAUUAUUUAUUUAUCAUGAACUAAGGCAUUUAACUUACUGACAAUGAGCCAAUUGUUGCUUGACCAGGUUUACUCACGCUGAUUAAUGAAUUGCAUUAGCGAACUGAAGGAUUUCAUGUAAUUAAGGUUUAUGGAGAUUAUUUCAAUUAAUUAAUUCACAUUAUAUUUCCUGUAGAUCAGUUCUUUUCCCUUCUCUGUUUCCAGUCAACGGUAUUUAAUUUUUUAUACACACAAAUUGUAUACAUCUAAGGAGGGUGAUAAGUGACUUAUUACCAGUUUUUAUGCAAAAAUGUGAGAACUAUGGAAAUAAAUUAUGUUAAAUAAAAAGAA